CACACACGCGCGAACACACACAGAUCCAGACUAAGGCGCCCUCACAACACAAGCGUGCGAGAUUGUAAUAGCACAGGACACAAAACAUAAAUGAAAAUUGCCGCACGCCAUGUACGCACAUCGUAAACGAUGGAGCUCUUUCUGGCUAUUUAUUUAUCUCUUCACUUGACCCUGCAACCUGCAGGUUAUUGUUGAUAGCGACGCUACAUUUAUGUCCCACCUCGGUGUUGAUUAUGUUUGUGUACUCUCCGUCGUCGGUGUGAAUGCACCAUGCUGCGUGCAGCUGGAUUCGUAGCGAGCUCCCGCAUCGCCCCAUGUCUCUGGGCUCACGCUCACGGCCUCGUGAUAUGCGCCACGUAGUAUUUCAAGACAGAAACGCCGAUGCGUGUGUAUUUGGUUUACGAUGUAUACCAGCCGUUACCAUUGACAUUAGUCACGUAACCAUUCGUAAAGGGUGGCAAAUUUGACCAAUUAAAGACCCGUUCGCUUCUUAUACCAAUUUGGCGAAAAAGGAAAGUACUCAAUCGGUUCGUAUUAGCUGCUAUGACAUUUGGUUAAGAAACACGGACUCACAAAGAACGUGGAACGAACGCUGAAAAGUGCCACGAAGAUGCAUGCUUAGAGUUCCAUUGAGAGACACAGAGGAACACAUUGAUCGGAGAGCAAACACAAUUUUGCACGCUCGCGAGAGGAUGACCACUGUGGAGAUGGAGUGACAAUGUCAGCUCGUGUGCAGGAGCAAGAUGGAUUGUGAGAUUUGGUGGCGACGUGGGAGGGCGUCAUCCAGCCGUGGAUAGAGAAUGGCUCGUAAUAAGGUCACGCGAUAUUCGAGGAGGACGAGGAGGACGUUUACUCUAUGCUCUGUGUAGCAGGCAAAACGUUGACAUUCAAAUAGCAAGACAUUUCUUAACUCAAUUGGAAAAUUGCGCCUUCUCUCCAAAAAAUAUAAAACGAUAACGUUUUGAAAGCACAAACGCCAAGUUCACCCGCAGCCUGUUUCCAACAUCGACCUCCCAUCGCCAUGGCAAAGGACCAGCUGGAACUUCGCUCAGACAUCUUCGUAAAUGACAAUGACAGCAGGGACAGCGGAGAGGAUGGCUACCCGGUGCCCUCCGAGGCAGACAAAGUCACCAUCAGCCAAUACGAUGAACAGUUUGAAACUGAAAGUGCCAACUUUCUCAAUGGUGGAGUAAAGAAAUAUGAUCAACAUGAGGGCAGAGAGUCCUUUGGGAUGUCUGUGUUCAACCUCAGCAACGCCAUCAUGGGCAGUGGGAUCCUGGGCCUCUCGUUUGCCAUGGCCAACACGGGCAUCCUGCUCUUCGUAGUUCUGCUCUUCGGCGUGGCUGUCCUGUCGCUGUACUCGGUGCAUCUCUUGCUGGUCACGUCGGACACUGCCGGCACGAAGUCGUACGAGCAGCUCGGCUUCCUUGCUUUCAAACUUCCUGGAAAGCUGUCUGCAGCAGGCGCUAUCACCUUACAGAAUGUCGGAGCCAUGUCCAGCUACCUCUUCAUCGUAAAGUACGAGCUCCCGGCGGUGAUCCGCGCGCUGUGCGACCAGUCCGUCCUGGACGCCAAUCCCUGGUAUCUGAAUGGAAACUACUUGGUCAUCCUCGUGAGCAUCGCGAUCAUUCUCCCCCUCUCGCUCAUGAAGAAUAUCGGUUACUUGGGAUACACAAGCACAUUCUCCUUGGCCUGCAUGGUGUUCUUCCAAAUUGUGAUCAUCUACAAGAAGUUCACGCUGCCGUGCCCGUUUGAGGACGAGGCGGAGAACGUGACCUUCAACGGCACGCUGCACAGCCCGGCGCACGGCGUGGAGAAGCUGUACACCAACGGCGAGGUUCACGGCAGCGGCGACCUCAACGGCACGCUCGAUGACUCGUGCACAGCCAAGUACUUUGUGUUCAACUCGCAGACGGCGUACGCAGUGCCCAUCCUGGCGUUUGCGUUCGUGUGCCACCCCGAGGUCCUGCCCAUCUACACCGAGCUCAAAAGGCCGACACGUGCACGCAUGCAGCAGGUGUCCAACAUCUCCAUCUUCUUCAUGUUCAUCAUGUACCUGCUCACCGCCGUCUUUGGAUACCUCACUUUCUACGAGAACGUGGAGCCCGAGCUGCUGCACACCUUCCUGCACAGCGACCCCUACAACCUGCUCAUCAUGCUCGUGCGCCUCGCCGUCCUCGUGGCCGUCACCCUCACCGUGCCCAUCGUGCUCUUCCCGAUCCGCUCGUCCGUGGAGGAGUUGCUCUUCAAGAACAAGCAGUUCAACUGGAUCCGCCACGUGGCCAUCGCUCUGUGCCUGCUCGUGUUCGUCAACAUCCUGGUCAUCUUCGUGCCGACGAUCCGUGACAUAUUCGGCUUCAUCGGGGCGUCCGCUGCUACAAUGCUCAUUUUCAUCCUCCCGUCCGCCUUUUACAUCAAGAUAGUCAAGAAAUACCCAUUCAAGUCCAAGCAGAAGAUCGGAGCCUUCAUAUUCCUGGUGUCCGGCAUCUUCUUCAUGUUCGCCAGCAUGGGGCUCAUCAUCUCCGACUGGGUGCAGCAGGCGAGGGGUGCCCACUGAGAAGGGGGGGGCGGGAGCAACUCCCGUUCCGCUCGCAGCAACAGAACCCCUGCCACCUCCCCAGCCGCCCUGCCGUGCAUCGCCAUCCCAGAGCCAUCCCAGAGCCAUCCGAGACCAAACCGACUGGGGACGGACCCCCCGAGCAAGACGUCCGCUGGAAAAAUCUCCCUCCGCCAGCCGGGCAACCUCGGCGAUCCCGCAUCUCCCCCACCCCCCCCCCCACGCGGAGCGACCGCCACGGCAACGGCCGUCUUGGUCAAUGGCACACGCGGAGCCGCCACCUCCACCACCGCCACCGCGCACUCUGCGAGCGAUUUCUGCGCGAGUGUUUGGGGGCGUGACGCACGACCCCCACUACUCCCCCCACCCCGCACCGUUGGGACCGUUUCACUCGCCGCCGCCGCCGCCGCCGUGAUGGGGCAGGGUCUGAGCGACCUGCUUGCCCGUACGGCCCUUUCUGGACUCGGGGGAUGCUUUUGAAAAGCGAGGAAGAGGCGAAGCUGCUGCAAGUGUGACCCUCGAGAGACUGGACACCCGCAGGGAAGAGCUCGACGUGUGGCAGCCUGAGCUACCCGUAGUAGUAACACAGUGUUAGCGGUUAUUCCCGUGACUUAUUACCUUUUAGGAUUCGAGUUAUUUUCUUUUUUAGGUUUUUUCGUCAUCGUGUCUCGUUUAAAGGUUUGUUCAGCUCACGACUCUCGUUUCGCCGGUAUUCAUUUCAUCAUGUGGUGCAGGUGGUAAAUGAAGGCGUACGUAGUGAACUCGGCGUGCUUUGCCAGUUAAUAAAGAAAACGAUAGCCUUGUGUUAUCCACUUUGAUAUUAGCAGGGCUUGCAUUAUCAUACAGACACCAAGUCCUUUCUUGUUUUCGUUUCGUGAAAGAGGCUUACACGCCCCAUAUUUUACAACGGCAACAAUUGUAACGAAACUGUGUGGGGGCAUGCAGGCACUUGUAUCAACGUGCAAACGGAGGAGUAUUUAACCCUAAAUGUGCCGACCUCUGCAUUACAUAUUUUUGAUCCGUACACUAUCGUCUUCCAAUUUUUCAAGGCUGUGUCCAGCAUCCGUGCUGACCUUUUGGCGCGGCUUUGGGAGUUGAAACCCCCUCGCCUUGGGGGGGGGGGGGGGGGGGGGGGGGGGGGAGGCAUUCACGAAGACAUCCCGACUGUGCCGCGUCAAGUCGAGUUUCCCCGCUGCGGAAAGAAACUUGAACAACCGUCAGCGGAAAUGCGAUUACUGCUGCAGGUUAUCAAACAGCUGACCAGGUUCUGUGACUUCUACUGCUGCCCAGAGUUCUGUUUCCCAGUUGCAAGACUCAAGACGGCUAUUUUGUUUUUGUACACAAUUGCUGCUUUCACGUCGUUCUCUUGUAGUGUUUCAUAGAUUAUUCUGGAUAAACUCCGAUCGCUAUGCCUUAGACAGUAUUUAACUACGCUAUUUCAAACAAACCCCUUUAGCUCUUUUUCUAUAUUAACUUAAGACGUAUCUUAACUCUAAUCUUACGGACUAUAUCGCUUAACGAUUUUGGUAAUUAACGCAGUCUUUAUUUUCUGAUAUACUGUAGCUCAUUUAGUUUUUGUGCUUUAGUUGGUACUGUUUGAAUGUCGGCUCACAACCUUCAUCAAUAGUUAGUACAUUGUAAAAUAGCCACUGGUCGACGUGCAUGUUGGUAUCGUUUGUACAUAUUGUAAAAUACGGUGCUGAAUCAUGAAAUUAGGGCGUUUAAAUGCAGAUCACAUUCGUCUCUGCAUUGUUCUACAUCUGGAAAAUAAAACCGGUUUUUUUUUUCAUAGUAUCUUUAUACUACCUUAACAAAAUCGGUCCGUUCAAAUUAUAACUAGCGUAAGCGUCCAUUUCACUGUGUUGUCCAUCGAUAACGCGCAAAAAUCUACUUGCAACUACAGCAUUGCCAAAGUUAGUGACUUCGCGUGGAGCUACGGAUUAAUAUCGUACCUGGACGAUGGUUCCCUUGCAAACCGCAUCAUCCCAUCCGUAGGAUUAUCCCUAGGCUAGUCGUAACCUCCUGCAUCGUGGUGUUCCCAGAGUUCCUCCUGCUGUUGGACGUUCCCCUUGAGCCAUCUACACAGGCCUAGCCGUAGUGGUGAAGUACUACACACCGACUUAUUGGGCUGGGAUCUCGUCGAUUCCCGGGCGCGGUGCGAUUCGUCGGCGUCGGCGGCAGUGCGGCCACGCGCGCCGCCUGGUAGCCUCGGCCGCUUGAGUUUGAUUCCUGACCCUGCCCAAGUCCGUCGAUCGUUGUCACCCGGGUUCGGUGCGAGGCGUGCGGCCUUCCGCGACGUCGUCUCUCCCGGCGGUUGUCGACCGGACGCGGCGUCGCCACUGGAGCCGGGGACUCGGCCGGAGUGGACGCGCGGCAUCGCUGGCCCCCGCCGGCGCCGCGUGGCCUGCCGCUUGCCGACAGUGCCCACCUGAGAUGAUGGUCAACGAGCUGGGACCGGGCGCCUCACUCGUCGGUGCCACCCGAGGUGGCAUAAUUUUUGUUUACGUGGACAACAACAGUGAAUAACGUGAUAACCAUAUUAAGAAUGCGUUGGUUAUCAAGUAAUUGACUCUCAAUCGUUAGGACUAAACUGUUGCGAUCUUUGGUGGUAUCCAAUCUGCUCUGGAACAUGGACUCAAAGGCUGAACCAGUUAAAACAUGUAAAUGUUUUAUUUCUUUGGGUGAAUGCAUGUCCUAAUGAAACGCAGAUAUUGGUUGUCAUUCCCUAGUAUUAAUGUAGUUUAAACACAUUUGUUUUAAUAUGAUACAAAAGGCUGCUUACCAAAACAUCCCGUAACAAAAACCUGCAUCAGAAGUGUGGGCCCAUGAGGGAGUGGAGUGCCACCUUGUGAUGACUGCUUUGUUAAGUACAAGCGAUUGGCAGUUGGAACAAACCUGUUUAGUAGAAUAAGCUACCGGGAUCUAAAAGCAAACUUGAGAAAGUGCGGUCCAUUAACGUUUCAGCAUGCUGUUCACACGAUCACUGCACAUAGGAACAUUGACAAAUUCAGCAUGUACUGUGUACGUUGAACUUCUUUCGCACCGUACGUAGCCGACAGUGCUAAUCGGCGGUGCUAUGGAAGGACAACAAACUAAACACAAAAAGCAGUUGUAGACAAAAUAGUUUUAAAUUUAAAAGUGCGUAGUGCCAGUCUUCCUAAUACCGGAAUGAAGAGCAUUCCAGACGGCCGCACAAGUGUUGUGACAUCAUUUUUCACUCCAACAUUAACCAUCUCCUCCCCCCCUCCGUCUCCACCCCCUUGCCAACAUGCCCUAUUUAUGAUCGGUUGAACUGCAGUGAACCCAUUGGCCGUUAUUUAUUUCCCCUCUUGUACAUAUACGGUCCGUGUCACUCUGUAAGUAACGUGUCUAUGGAAGCAAGUCGCUGGGUUUGUGUGUAAACUCGUGGACUUUUAGGACGUGUGGUGUUGCUGGGAAGCGCGGCGUUUUCCCAAAUUAACUACUUUCUCUUUUUUAAACAAUUGCAAUAGCAGGAAUGAGUUUCUCCUCCUCUUUGACUGUAGCCAGACUUCUUUUCAAACGUGUCUAGUCUUCGUUAAACAACACGGCCUUGUCAUUUCGAGGGAGUGAAAACAUGCGUACUGAUGUUUUUCAAACGUGUUGUCACACUUAAAAGCAGACGUAUCGGUGGGGUGCAUCUGAACGGGCCAUCGUGUUUAUCCCUGGACAUAUUUUACUGCUCCUGUAUCUAAAAACAAACGUCGCUGUAUACAACUGCCUUGAACACGGCUACAUACAUGUAGCUUAAUGGAUUAAAUGCCCUUCAACAUUUUCUUUAAACUCGAAAUAAUUUUACAUUGCAAUUGUAGCUGCAAAGGUUGGCAUUUGAAAGGAAGGUGAUAUUUCGCAACGUAACGUUUCUUCCGCUGAGAAUUGAAAACUUCGUGGAACAUUGAAGAGAACGUGGUUGGGUUUUAUUUUCACGCACGCAUUACGAAUGAAUGUAUUGCCAUGUUCUUGUUGCUGCACUUCAGGAGAAUAUGAACCUGUUGGCCACCAACACCAUUCUUUUGCCAAAUCGUGGACAGAAAGUGUCUCCAGAUGUAUUUGUGUGUGCGUUAAACAUCUUAAAAGUUCAAAUCAUUGACAGGCCUCUUGAGUUUGCCGAGUCUCCUUUUGAGGUGAAGGGAACAUUUCCCCAAUGCGAGCACUUUUGUCAACCUAAACAGAUUCGCGUGAGAGCACGUUUGUCCAGUUAUUAAAAGGUCACAUGGUGGAGAAUACUCAAACGCGAUUGGCUGUGUUGGUGACCCUCAUUUAAACCGCCACCUUUUGGUAUUGACUAGCGCCUCGUGUACUGGUCCUUGACAUUUGAAAAUGUAAGCAAACAGAAAAAACCUCGCGGUCAUGGGUUUAAAGUGCUUUUGUUAAAGCCCCCUAAUACCGAUAGCAGCUGACUCUCCCAGUGGCAUCACCACGUGAGAAAGAAAGUGAGGCUCUGGGUUGUGCGGUUGUGAAUAAACAACUCUAGACUGUGACGCCCCCACCUCGGAUGUGUAGAUGGGUGUUUUUGGGUGUUUUUGUAUCGAAAGAAGCGUUUGUGAAAACAGUACAUAAACAAUAAAAAAAACUUAAAAGAUG